UGAAUGUCGUAGUUGUGUGGAGCCUAGCGCUCUUUUCCGCGGCAGGAUUUUCAAUGAGAUGACGCCUCGACGCCAGCCAAUCAGCUUCUAGGGGUCGGUCUCUGGAACUGGCCGCAGUAGGUUAUCAGCGUGAAUCCUCGCAGUCCGAGGUCAGGAAGCCAGAUGAGCCCGCAGAGAAGCGCUUGCUCACCGCGACCAGCACAAGCCAAAAGUCGCUGAGAGGACGAGGAAGUUCGGUAUGCAGAAGCAAUGCUGAUUGACCUGCACGCAGCCAUGGUACCGAAGCGCGAGCCGGCAAAGUUGGAGGAGCGCGAGCGCACGCAGGCGGCGUGUGAGUGCCAAAGCCAAUGCAACAACUGCAAAAUCUUCCUGAGUUUGUUCAUCCUCUCGCUCUCUCUGCACCUCGUCACGCUCUUCUGCUACCUGGACCUGCGCUCGGAGCUCAAACGCGAAAUAUCCCAGAAAAACAAAGAUGAAGUGUCAUCCACCGGGCCAGUGCCGCACUAUGAAGCCACAGAGCCGGUGCUCCAGUCACCGGACACCGACCACCCAACAAUAGGCGACCAGAGCAGAUGGAGGGAUGAACACGCAAGAGGCCUGGAGAGAGUCAUUCAUCGCACCAAACGUUCAGAAACUAAUGGAAAAAAGAAAGGCGAGCGAAAAAAAGGCAAGAAAGGGCCCCCUGGUGCUCCUGGACCUCCGGGCCCACCUGGUCCACAAGGUCCACCUGGAAUACCAGGGAUCCCAGGAAUUCCGGGCAGCAAUGCCAUGGGUCCCUCUGGCCCACCCGGCCCUCCUGGGCCACAAGGACCACCUGGACCACAAGGACCACCUGGACCUCAGGGACCUUCAGGCGGUGAGAAAGCCAAACACAGAGAGGCACAGCCAGCUGUGGUGCAUCUUCAAGGUCAAGAAACCACUAUCCAAGUGAAAGAAGAUUUGUCAGAAGGUGUGCUGAAGAAUUGGAGGAUGAUCUCGAUCCACCAGAGAGUGUUUAAAAUGCACUCGCGCUCCGGAGAGCUGGAGGUCCUGCUGGACGGAACAUACUUUAUAUAUAGUCAGGUAGAAGUAUAUUACCUGAAUUUCACCGACAUCGCCAGUUACGAGGUGAUGGUGGACAAGACUCCGUUCUUACGCUGCACGAGAAGCAUCGAAACCGGCCAGCGCAAGUUUAACACCUGCUACACAGCCGGAGUGUGUUUGUUACGAGCCCGUCAGAGAAUUUCCAUCCGCAUGGUGUACGAGGACACCUCCAUCUCUAUGAGCAACCACACCACCUUCCUGGGCAGCAUCCGGCUGGGGGACGCCCCAUCUGCAGGACACACCUGAUACCAGACCUGAACACACACAGAUCAGUACCCAAAACACUCGAAACACCCUCUGUCAGCCCUUACACACCAAAGCAGACUUUAAAAAAUCAACUAGAAAACUCUGGUUUAUAUGACUAGAUGAGCUGAGAGACUAUGUGUGUGUGUCAAACAGACUCAAACAAACACACAUGUGCGCAUGGAGGAAGUGAAGCUGCAGUGUUUUCAGGGACUGGAGCAAACGGAGGUGUUUCUUUUUUCCAGUGAGAAACUCUAUUGUGUUUCUAUGCAGCGGACACUCGAUCA